AUGUUCCGCGAGAAAGAGGUGUCGACACGGCUGAUUCGGCCAGUAUUUCCUGAGAUAAACCUCGACAAGCUCAUGUUGUUUGUCGACCGCUGGAACCCUGACUGGGAAAUCGACGCCAGCAUUCAAGUAUUUUCCAUAAAUUUCCAUUAACCCCUAGCUUGGGACCAAAGUAUCACAGAGAAGUCUUUCGCUGCGAAAAAUGAAUUUAAUAUUGUCUGAAACAAACCUAGUAGGAAGUCGUUGGAGCAUGACGCUUAUAUUGAGCUGAUUCUAGAAUGUUCGAUAGUAUCACAUUUCUAGUCUCAUUACGUCAUAGGGAUCAUGGGUAAAGGUUUCCCUUCUAAAAGGCUCCACAUUGUUCUCGAUUGUUCUAUUGCUUUCGGGACAGCUCUCUAAAACUCUGGAAUGUUCGAUCUUUUACUCUAAUUUCGAUACUCUCUAAAAUCCACCUUUAUUCUGGAAGAUUUAAUAAUAAUCUUCGGGAUCUCCUCACUAUAUAACCCCUCGUCUGUUAUUUUGAAUAGUCCGGUCUAAUUUCUUGUUGCUCAACAAUCUUCUACUACAACGUCUUCGCGGGCCACCUGCGGGCACAACAGAAUUAUGAGUUCAAAGAGGACUGCAAGCACGGAAUUUAUACUGUAUUUUUGAAUAAUCAGGUUCCUUUCAAGAAACUAUGGGGCAUAAAAUGAAAUGAUCUACGCGAACGUUUUUUUUUCUUUUCUUUCAAAACUUUUUUUGAAGAUCUUCGAUGAAGGGAUCGCGCAGUACAUGCUGGUAGACCCCGAGUCGCACUACAAGUACUACGCUGCCGUGAUCCUCGGCAAACCCAGCAUCCGUUGCAAGAUCAUCGACGAUGAGCCUCACGAUUUUCUGGACGAUGUCGGAAACAAGUUCGCCGUUGUACGUUUUAACAUUUUCUUUCUUCACCAACUUUUCUCGGUGCUGUAUAAUUUUUGUUUCGCAAAAUAUGUUCAGAAUCGGGAUUUUUAUCCACUUUCCUCGAGAAGAAAAACACAAAAAUCCAGACAAAGACGAGAUUUCUGCAGGUUUGCAAGGGCGCCAUGUCCGGCGACGACGAGAAACGCGUCGACUAUUUGAAAAACGUCCUCAACAAACGAGGAUAUCGAUUUUUGUAG